UGUUAUAAAUGGUCUACCAUGGACCUCCCCUUCCCACAAUUAUACAUCUAACAUAAGCAAAAAACAAAAGUUGGAAACCCAAAACACACAACAAACAUCUCAAAAAUGAAGAAACUUAUCCUACUAAUCUUCAACAUAACGCUCCUCUCAAUAGGCUACUGUGGUGGCCCUUUAAUCUCUCGUCUCUACUUCAUUCAUGGUGGUCAAAGAAUUUGGAUACCCAGUAUGUUACAAACAGUUGGUUGUCCAAUUAUAUUAAUACCCCUAGCCCUGGCUUACUUUCAACGAAGGAAAAUCGAAGGACCUGAGGCUAAAAUCGUCUUUAUAACACGACAAGAGUUGAUAUCAUCGGCUGGUGUCGGAAUAAUCGCUGGUCUUGACGGUUAUUUAAACUCAUGGGGCCCAGCUAAAUUACCUGUUUCAACUUCGACUUUAAUUAACGCAACUCAACUAGCGUUUACUGCGUUAUUUGCAGUGCUUAUUGUUAAGCAGAAAUUAACAGCGUAUUCGACGAAUUCAGUGGUUUUGUUGAUUGCUGGUGCUGCCACGUUAGCUUUAAGAGCUAAUGGUGAUAGACCUGAGGGUGAGUCUGGAAAGGAUUAUGUGUUGGGGUUUGUUAUGACGUUUAUUGGUGCAGUGUUUUAUGGGUUAAUGUUGCCGUUAAUUGAGUUGAUUUAUAUGAAGGCUAAGAGAGCUGUUACGUAUACUACUGUGUUGGAGAUUCAGAUGGUUAUUGGUGUUUCUGCUACUGUGUUUUGCACUGUUGGAAUGAUUAUUAACAAGGAUUUCCAGGCGAUUCCAAGGGAAGCAAGUCGUUAUGCCAUUGGAGAAGUUAAGUACUAUAUGGUACUAGUAUGGUGUGCCAUUAUUUGGCAAUUUGCGCUAUUGGGAUUAGUUGGAGUAAUCUUUUAUUCUUCGUCUUUGCUCUCUGGAAUUAUAGGCGCUUUCUUACUUCCUGUUACUGAAGUCUUAGCUGUAAUUUUAUUCCGCGAAAAAUUUCAAGCUGAAAAAGGAGUUGCUAUUUUCUUAGCUCUAUGGGGAUUUGUUUCGUACUUUUAUGGUGAAUAUGAGCAAAGUAAGAAGGAGAAGAAGAUGAAGCUGAAGAAAACCGAGAGCCAAAUAUCCCAACAAUUAGAUAUGGACCAAACGGCACAUGUUGUGUAGCAGAGCUAUGGCCCAUUUAGUUUCUUUUAUUAUAUGAAAUUAUUAUGUGCAAACGACAGAUGCAAAAUUCUGUUUUCAAAAGAUAAAACUCUAGAAUUUAUUGGUUACCCACAAUUACCAGAUACACAAACGUGUUUAAUAUGAACUACCGACUACCUUUUUCCCUCUGCAA